AUGGUGCAGACGGAACGUGACGAAGUGGGACAAUCGUCAUGUGAGGAUCUAUUUUUUGUGUGCGGGGCGGCUACAGAACACGUCAGUGCUGUUAAACUGAGGGAAGGCCUGAUAACCUCAACACCACCUCCACCACAAACUGUUCACUCCAUCAUGGCUCAGACUCACUGCUGCUAUUCAGAGACAUCCACCCACCCACACCGCAGAAGGACAUCUGAGAGUCUGAGUCCUGUGAAGAAGCAGAUCAUCCACAGCCUCAUCACUCAGUUUAGCAUCAGUUUGUUCAUCAUUUAUCUUCAUCAAGAUGAAGAGGAGGAGGUGGAGGAGGAGCGUCCCUUUUACCCACACAAAUGUACCGAGCUCCGGUCAGACCACAACGGAGUCCCGGGGCUUCCGCGGCCGCCGAGCAGGUUCCCCUCUCCGUCCCGGGACGCUCUCGGCCAUCGCUCUCCCUCCGCGGGUCUCCGGUUCGGAGGCUCCGGGCCGCACGGAGGCUCCCCCCGGGGUCUGCCCGCCUUCUCGCCGGGUUCGCCGUGUUACUCUCCGGGUCCAGUCCGGGGCUACAGGAGCUGUUCUCCAGGCGGGUUCAGAGACUCUCCGCCGGGUUUCGGCGGUGGCGGAGGUCGCGGCUUCGGGGGACACACGCGGCGCAGAGGAGACGAAUUCCGGCGUCCGCAGCCUUUCAGUCCGACAUCGGGUCCGCGAGCUCAGGCUGGAUCUUCAGACUCUGUGGAAAAAUACUUCAGUCCUUCAAUGCUGCAGGAUCCAUGGAACGACUUGACGCCAAUGAGCGCUGAGGCUGUAAAACGUAAACACAGCUGACAGUAAACAACAACAACAACGCCUGUAAAUGACAGCCUCCCAUUGGCUGUUUGUUGGUCACCAGCCAUCGGCAGCUUCGUGAACCUUCAGGGAACAAAGAUUCACUUCCUUUUUAAAAGUGUUUUGUAAAUUUUAAUUCCCAUUUCUUAUGUUUUAUUGACAGAAUGAUAAACCUGAUUAUUUUUUAAAAUAAAUGAAAACUGUCGACUUUGUACUGAGUCAGUUUCUAUGAGUUUAA